GGAAAUGCGCCACCUCUAGUUCCGGUGAGCGCGUCGACUACAAGGACGACAGGAUGGAGGAGGUGCCUCACGACUGCCCCGGGGCCGAGAGCGCUCAGGCGGGCCGAGGGGCCUCAUGUCAGGGAUGCCCCAACCAACGUCUGUGCGCUUCUGGAGCCGGCGCCGCUCCGGACCCGGCCAUAGAGGAAAUCAAAGAGAAAAUGAAGACGGUGAAACACAAAAUCUUGGUGUUGUCUGGGAAAGGCGGCGUUGGGAAAAGCACUUUCAGUGCCCACCUUGCCCACGGCCUAGCAGAGGAUGAAAAUACACAGGUUGCCCUUCUGGACAUCGAUAUUUGUGGGCCCUCUAUUCCCAAGAUCAUGGGAUUGGAAGGAGAGCAGGUGCACCAGAGUGGUUCGGGCUGGUCUCCAGUGUAUGUGGAAGAUAACCUGGGGGUGAUGUCUGUGGGUUUCCUGCUCAGCAGCCCUGAUGAUGCUGUUAUCUGGAGGGGACCAAAGAAAAACGGCAUGAUCAAGCAGUUCCUCCGUGACGUGGACUGGGGAGAUGUGGACUACCUCCUUGUGGACACGCCACCCGGCACAUCCGAUGAGCACCUCUCAGUUGUCCAGUACCUGGCAGCAGCACACAUUGAUGGGGCAGUGGUCAUCACCACCCCUCAGGAGAUAUCACUCCAGGAUGUCCGGAAAGAAAUCAACUUUUGCCGAAAAGUGAAGCUGCCCAUCAUCGGGGUGGUGGAGAACAUGAGUGGCUUUGUCUGCCCCAAGUGUAAGAAAGAAUCUCAGAUCUUCCCCCCAACAAGUGGAGGUGCAGAGGCCAUGUGCCGAGACCUGAAGAUCCCUCUGCUUGGCAAAGUGCCUCUGGACCCAUGCAUAGGUAAGAGCUGUGACAAAGGCCAAUCUUUCUUCAUUGAAGCCCCAGAUUCACCAGCCACAUUAGCCUACAGAAGUAUAAUUCAAAGAAUCCAAGAGUUUUGUAGUCCAAAUCAGUCAGAGGAAGAGAACCUCAUCAGUUCCUGAAGCAUGCUGAGGACCAAGCAGUUCCCGAGUCACGGAGCCUGCCAGCAGCCCAUCCAAGCAUACUUGAGUAGCUCGGGGAUGGGUGGGGUCGCAGGCCUAAAGGGACCAGAUGCUGGCCUGCUUGGAAGUGACUUUCUCAGAGACACUUUAAUCAUCUACUCUCUGUCCACUUUCUUUAGAACAUGGCUGCAGGGCCUUCUUCACACAUGCCAUUUUAAAAUAAAAACAGCUCCUCGAACCUGUCCCACGAGGUCUCUUCCCAGAUACCAAAGGCCUGGGGACCUAGAAGCCAACCUGAUCACAGGAUCAUAGGACUCCUGUUCAUGCCACUCUACCUCAAAUGAAAAGGAAGCCCAGGAAGGAACCACAGGGCAGGACACAGGGCUUUGCUGCGGAACACGGUCCUGCUUUCAAACAGCAGCAUCCACAUUGUUGUUCUCAGAUGGAGGGAAAGUCUGGACACAGCAGAGCCUCACUCGGGUCCAUUCUGGGAUCAGUACACAGUGCAGCUGGGACCCAUCAAAACUCCCCUGAAAAGCCCGUAAGUCACCCCUUCACUAGGAUCUGUGGUCUGUGUGUACUCCCUGUUUAGUAAUAGGCAUACAAUAUAUCCAGUAAUUUCCAGGGUCAUAUGCCACCAACAGGAACUGAGACCAGCAGAGGGAAGAAUAAAUUCCUGUUCUCCAUACCACUCUGGGGCCUAAAGUGGAAGGGCGGGCAAAUCCCCUUGUUCUUUCCCUUCCUUUCUCUCCUCCCCUUGCUGCCUGCACAUGUGGUUGGAUUUGCAUGCGUUCCACAUGAAGAAGCUAGGACCUCUAACGGGUGACCAGGCCAUAGAGCCUGGGCACAGUCUGGCUUUGGCCUGGCUGUGUCCUUGGCCAUGCAGGAAACUUGGGGAGCCACCUAGAUCUUGGGCACAGUGGGGCAGGGGCUGCAUUUCCUAUGAGCUCCCAGCCACCAGCCUCAAUCCAUUUCCCACCUAAUGCUGGUGAUUCUUCAUGUCCUCAAAGCAGGCUUCUGAAAGUCUACUGGGAGGCUGGAGAACAGCCAGCCAAGGCUCUGCCCUGCUUGUGAGCAGGCUAGUUGGGAAACUUGCAGGUCUGCUGGCGUGUUAUCUUGGCACACACAGCCUCAUUCAAAUUUAAGAUUAUUCAAACCAUGUCAGGAUGAGCCUGGUCAGAUUUUCAAAACUCAUCUUUUUCUCACUUCUAGAAGUGAGCUCAUCUGCUCACCUUCCUUAAUUCUAUAGGAUUUUAAAGAAAAACACGCAACCAAAGUGUCAUGAAAGGACAAAUGCUGUCUGAUUGGGCUGCUUAGAGGCAGAGAGUGAUAUGGUGGCUAGGGAAGAGGGAUGGGAAGUUCGUGUUUAUAGAGGGAGUUUCAGCUUGGAAAGGCAUAAAGUGUCCUGGAGAUGGGUGGUGGCCGCAUGACAUUGUGAAUGUACUGAAUGCCAAGAACUGUACACAUAAUGGUUGAAAUGUCAAUUUUGUGUAAAUUUUACCACAAUAAAAGCAGAACAAUGA